UUUUCUUUUUUUUUCUGAGUACAUCAAAAUUGAAUAUCUAACGCAGUUAACCUCUCUCUCUCUCUCUGCAACGUGCUCAGCUUUUACAGAAGCAAGGAUCAAGUGUGAAUUGAUUUUUCCAUUGAUUUUGAUUUUGUUAUUAGCUUCUGGUUCAAUGCCUUCUGUCAUCUCACCUCAGUGGCAAGAUAAGGCUACUGAUUUUUUUUCUUCCUCGGGGGUCAAGCUUAAAGAAGCUAGGGAAUCAGCGGGAACAUUUGUUGGCGAGGUCACUAGGGAUACAAAGAGUAAUGUUGCUGAAGUGGCGGGACGAGUUGGAACGAUGGUCAAGAGUCGGUGGGCACUUCUUCAGCAGCCAUCCACAAGACAUGCUGUACAGGAUCGAUUAGUAUCAGCUGCUGCUACUACCGGGGCAUUACUAAGGAGAGGGUUGACAGGGACAAAAGAGAAGGUGGUUGUGGGAAAAUCCAAGGUUGAAGAGGUUGCAAAAAUAACAGCACAGAAAAGUAAGACUAUCUUGACUGACAUUGAAAGACGGCAGAAGGGAGUUGCAAGCACUGAUGUAUUUGGAGUUCCUAUUGAGGUUACUGUACAGAGGCAAGAUUGCAGCAAGCUUAUUCCUCACAUAUUGGUCAAUUGUGCAGAUUAUCUUAUAGUUUCAGGAUUGAACUUGCCAUAUCUCUUUAAAUCUGAAGGGGAUAAAAAGGUUAUUCAGCAUUUGGUUUCCCUAUACAACCAAGAUUCAACUGCUUCAGUGCCAGAAGGCACAAAUCCAAUUGACGUAGCAGCUCUUGUAAAAUAUUAUCUUGCUAGCCUUCCUGAGCCGCUUACCACGUUGGAGCUUUAUAAUGAUAUCAAAGGUGCUCGAUCUAGUAUAUAUUCCAUGAAAAACAUACUCAAGAGGCUUUCCAGUGUAAACUACAUGACUCUGGAGUUUAUAACAGCACUUCUGCUCCGUGUUAGCCAGAAGUCACUUCUCAAUAAGAUGGAUGCUCGGAGCCUUGCAAUGGAAAUGGCACCUGUUAUUAUGUGGCAAAAGGGACAAAAACCUGAAUUUUAUCGUCAAUAUUGGAGUCAGAUGUCGAAAAGUCCUUCCAAAAAGAGCUUGGAUCCGCCAUCCGGUGAAUACAAUGCAUGGGACAUGCUUGCUGAUGAUGGUGAAGCCUUAGAUGCAUCCUCUCUUAUUCCUUUGGAUGAUGGCACGCCAGUUGACUUUGGUGCAAUUGAGGUUGUUCAGUUGCUCAUAGAACAUCAUAAUGCAAUUUUCACUGAUGCAAAUGAGACUGUCUGGAAAUGAAUUGCUUUACUCCUCAUCCUGUAUUGAUUCGUUGGCUUGGAUAUUUUAGACUUGGAAUUAUUUUUUCCAAUCGAUCAUAUGAAGAACAUUAUAUAGAAGCUACUUUUGAAGUUAUGGACAAUCAUUGCGCUGGGGAAAGAUGUUGGAUACUGGUCUCUGUAGUUUUAGUGAUAAGGGUAUCUGAUUUUUGAAGUCGUUUUGCAUUUAGAGGGGUGGCUGUUUUACCUUGGGGGUGGGGGUUCGAAAAGUAUUGUACAGCUAUUACCUGUUGCUUGCAGAAAUUCUCAUUACUGAUGUAAUUUAUUAUUGUGGUCAUUUGCUUGGAUUGAUGAUAUAUUGAUCUUUGUUUAUAGUUUAUGUAUAC